CGGCUCAUGACUUCAGACCAGGAAGGGAAAGAUCUAGCUGAGCCAGAGGAGCAGCAAGGGCAGGAAGUGAGGAAGAAAGAGAUUCCUCUUUUGGUAAAGUAUUUUCUUGUUUUGUUUAAUCUGGUCUGUUUUUGUUCCGUCUCUCUCUCUCUCUCUCUUUCUGUGUGUCUGUCUCUCUCUUGCUCUCUGUCUCUUGCUAUCUCUCUCUUGCUCUCUGUCUCUUGCUGUCUCUCUCUUGCUGUCUCUCUCUCUCUCUGUGUGUCUGUCUCUCUCUCUCUGUGUGUCUGUCUCUCUCUCUCUGUGUGUCUGUCUCUUUCUUGCUCUCUGUCUCUUGCUGUCUCUCUCUUGCUCUCUCUCUUGCUGUCUCUCUCUCUCUCUCUCUCUCCCUUCUCAAACUUCUUAGAGAAUAUUUUGGCCCUGGCCUGCGUAUAAAGCGAGUGAGUGUUUUAAGGUGGAGUUUAAAAGCGGAGACUCGCCCAGAGCUUGAGUUUGAGUUUGAUUGACAGCUCCACAUGCGAGACACUUGUACAAAUUUAAAUGUGCUAUUUUGAGCGUGGGGAGGGGGGUCAAGCGCCAUAUUGUACCUCCGCUUUCUUUCUCUAUCCCUCUCUCUUGGUCAGCCACGCUGAGAGCAGUUGCUUCAGGUUUGUCUGCUGGAAGGAUUUUUACUUUAAAAUUUAACAUGGGGUGUUGUUUUAGUAAAGAGCUGAACCCUAAUCCGGUCGGCGAAAAAACGAGUCUUCUUCAGACGUCUGUUACUGAAAGCUGCACGGAUCAGGAUGUUAAACAAUACUCUUCUGUGACCGAGCUGGCUGAAGAGAAGCAUUCCGAGUACGGCCAGACCAACAGAGCCAUGGACGUGAGGAUUGAUGCCUCCUCCACCAAACUCUCAGCAAGUCUCAGUGCUAGUGAUAUGAGAAGCCGCACGGCGGCGUGGGACGAGUUUAACGAUGACUCUCGUAAUAAACCCCUGGGGGGCGUUUCAAAAGAUUCAGACCUUCAGACGGAGACGGCGGUGUUGAAAUCUGUAAAACGGAGAAUAGCUGAAAAUGUAGUAAAACGAGCCAACUGGUUCUGUGAAGUUGAGUCGUCUCAGCGAGCAGAUUCAACUCGUUUUAGACCCCGAUGUGAGAGCAAGACUGCUGCAGACGCACUCGUACCAAACGGUCGUCACGUCACAGCCACGUGUACGUCGGAUGACGUCAGCCUGGAGGUCUCGAUCACUCAGGAGCAUGUUCAAGCAGAGUGCAGCACAAAUCAAAAACCUGAUGUUUUCUUUACAACCAAAUAUCUGUACGAUGGUCUCCUCGAUUCAGAUGAGAAAAGAUCUGAUUUUCUCACAUCAGGGAGAACCCAAAGCUUCUACAGUAUCUGCUCGAUUGAUGCAGAUGAUCUCAGAGGUGAGAAAGAACCGGCAGCCAUGACACACCCUGCAACGUUUGAUCACACAGAUUUAUUAGCUAAUACUGAAACAAAGGUCUUUAUCAACACCUCACUGAGUAACGCAGCUUUAGAAACUUUCAUUGGGACCAAAGAAACACAAGAAGAUGGUGAGAUAGUGUCUGAAGAUCUCCCAGCAGAAACGCUGCCCCAUGUGCUCCCUGACGUCAUCGGGACGUUUUGUGAUGCAGGCUCGCGUGAAGACGCAGCAUCAGAAACCCGUUUUUCUGUUCCUUCUGAAGACAUCGUGAUGGAGAUGAGUGGAAAGCAUGGACACACAUCACACAUCACUGGUUUGCACAAGACUGUCGACGAAACCAUUCCUGAUCUGUUAGAAGGAAACGACCGGCUCAGUGACUCAGUGGUGGAUCAUACAGAUGUGGACUGUACAUGUCAGACACGUGUCAACACAGAUGCAGAAUUAAUGAACGAACUAGACGUGACAGAAAUGGGUUGUGAACUUCUUCAUUGCUCAGAAACCCCAGAGCAAGAACUCAAAAGUGUCUCCUCACAGUCCAGAAACUCAGACAAUCAGGAGAAUCAUUUAAAUAGUUGUGUCGACUGUAGAGAACCCAAACCAGUAGAACCCAAUACAAAGGUGGACCUCAGCGUGAUGAGAGAAGUACUGCAUGAACUCGAGCCAUGUUCUCGUGUAAAACCUGAUCAUGAGUUUUUACGCUCUGAAGUCUCCAGCGUGUCUCAGGUUAUUGAGGAUGACCCUUCAUCUUUUGUUACUUCUGCAUUAGAAAGUGAUCUGAAGACGCGAGGGUUUAUCACAGAGAGCAGCUCCCGAGACGCUGACGUGUUAAACCUGAGCUGUAAAUCCUGUUUAUCUCCUGCUAAAGACGGCGUGACAGAACCGGCCGAGUCCAUAUGUUCUUAUGCUGAAAGGGAAGACCCGGCCACAGAACCGGAACCCAGAUCUGAGUUUAACUCUCAUCAGAACUUAAACUCUUUGACAUCAGAAGAUAUUUCAGGAGGAAACGGUGAUGCGCUUCAGCCGGUGACAUUUCAGACAGGGUUAGUUGAUUACUCUGGGUUUGAUGCAUGUUCCCUGCUGAAUCACUUUGAUGCAGAAAAGAGAGAAAUUAACUUUGGCAUGGAGGACGUCACCUGUCACAUCUCAUCCACCGAGCUGUCAGACCUAGCGCAGGAAUCUGAGCGUGUAGAGACGAGCGAGAAUUCUGUGCAUAUAAACUCCAACACUGAUUACUGCCGUCCUCUCCACGCUAAUCAGAGUUUAGUGAAGGAUUUGGGAGAUGCUUUACAAAACCCUGAAGAUCUCAAAACCAGUGAAAAACAGAUGUUUCCAGCUACAGCUCAAGAAAGUUUUAACAUGAAGGAAGAAGAUGAAUGUUGCCUGAAAGAGAAGGAGACCCUGAUUAAACCCGAAUGCUUUAAUGAACACGUGCUGGAAGGACCGAAUCAGAUUUCGUUAAGUAUCUGUCCUGUUAAAACUCCUGAAAAGGAACUGCAGAAUUCCAGGUCCAUGAAUUUUGACUUUACUUUUGGCAGAAAUAACGAUGAGCAGGUGAUGUGUUUAUUUCUGGAAGGCAGCCGGGAAAACACAACUCUUUCUGUCCAGUCGUCUGGUCAGGCCGAGCCGCAUGACACCUUCGAGAGCGCCACAUCGUCUAUAAACAGUACACAGUGCCAGAGCGCUCACGUUCUCACACACACUUUUUUGGGGAAGACUCACACGCAAAGCUCCUCCGAGCCGCCCAAUCACGAGCCAGAAUUGACACACGGAGAUGUGCAGGACGUGCACACGAUCGGCUCUGCCGAGCAGCAGGUGGUGAUCGACUACAGAGUUCCUCUUGGGAGAACCAUGAGACCGAUUUUUGAAAUUGGAGAACCAGCACAUGCCUUAGAAGGACAUGAUCGCUUUGAUGAAGGCAUGGAGUGCUUUGUGACGAGCAGACUUCAGGGAUAUCAGCUUGAUGGGUUGCAUGCUUCAGGUUGUAGUCUCGGAACUGCUGGAAUGUGCCCCACCCCCAAUUUCAGUGACGAUAACAAGGCUAUCCCUCUCCCCGUCGAACCUGGCCAGGUCGACCUGUUCGCCAGCACGCCUUCGUACGAGAUUCACUUUCUCGGCCCAAACGCCAUCACGGUCCCGGUACAGGUCGAAAAUCCACAAAGUCUGACCUCCACAAACGAUUUGGAAAGAGAACGAGGUGUUCUAAACAUGGUUUCGGACCUUCUCGGUAAAUCUGAGGUGAACGAGGACGGAGACUGCAGUCACUUCCUGUCUGUGUGGGCGCGAGAACCUGAGCUGGAGUCAGCGUGGCAGUAUGGUUUCUCUGAGGCAGACCUGAUGGGACGAGACGGACAGGAGGAGGGUAAAGCUGAUUCAGCUCUCGACUCCAAGCGUGUCCAAGCCUUCACAGAGGCGUACCCGUACAGCCUGGUAGUUUCUGAUGGGGCCUGUGUGUGGGAUUGGCAAAAUACUUACGGGGAACUCGAAUCCACCAAGGUCUCAGACCUUAACCCUAACGCAAAAGCAUGGGCCAGUUAUAUUCCUAACCAGGAGGCAUCUGGACGGGCCUACACACACGGUCUCCAGUCAUGGGUCGACUCCAGUGACGCAGGAAACACUAGCUCACGAGGUUAUGUGCCUGGUGAUGAUGGUGAGAAAUGGAAUGAAGAACCACAAGUACCCGUCUCAGUAGGACUGCCUUCAGCAGAACCACCAGAACCUGUGGAUAUGGAAACAGCAGAAAAUCAGUUACCCACCAACAUAAAGGGAAGUGAUGGCUCAGAUUCUUCCAAGCAGCUUGAAGACCUCAGAGAGCAGCUGAAGGCUACGCUGGAGUUUUGUCUCUCCAGGGAGAAUCUCGCCAACGACAUGUACCUCAUCUCUCAGAUGGACAGCGAUCAGUACGUGCCCAUCGUGACUGUAGCUAAUCUCGAUCAGAUCAAGAAGCUCAGCACGGAUGUCGAUCUUAUUGCAGAUAUUUUAAAGACACUUCCUCUUGUGCAAGUGGAUAAAUGUGGUGAGAAAGUGCGACCGAAUCAGAAUCGCUGCAUCGUUAUCCUCAGAGAGGUUCCUGAAGCCACUCCCGUUGAGGAAGUGGAGUCGCUCUUUAAGAGUGAUAAAUUACCCAAAUUUGUCCAUUGUGAGUUCGCCUAUAACGAUAACUGGUUCAUCACGUUUGAGUCCGAGGCAGAUGCGCAGCUGGCGUAUCAGUAUCUCAGAGAGGAAGUGAAGACUUUUCAAGGAAAGCCUAUAAAGGCGAGGAUCAAGGCCAAGGCCAUUGCGGUCAACACUUUUGUGCCAAAGAAUGGAUACAGACCCGUGGACAUGUCCUCAAACCUGCAGCAGCGCUAUACCUCAUACUACAUCCCGCCUGCGUUUGGGGCGCAGCAGCAGUUCCCCCCGUUCUACAGACUAGUCACUCAUCAGGGCUGGUCCACCACACAGGGCUACUUGGAUCAUAGUUUGGUUACUCCUUUCACUAAUCCUGGAUUCAUCAACGGCUUCGCUGGAUCUCCCGCUUUUAAAUCAGCCGCUCCACCUUUAACUGCCAGAUCGUUCCAACCCAGGAAUCGGAACCACAAUAAGAGCCACAUUCGACCCUCAGCACCAGCUGCAGAACGAGGAACCGGUUUGUUGGAGAACCCCGGUUCCUUCACCAGCUCUACAGAGCGCAUUCCCAACGGGACCCGGCCUCCACAAGCACAUCAGCUGGGCAGCCGGCCGAGAUUACCCAGCGCUCCGAGUUACCCUCGUAGGGAGCAGGUCGGGAGCGGACGCAUGGAGAUGAAUGGAGCAGAUUAUUCACCUGUCUUGGGGAGGGGAAGGAGAAAUGGCUAUGGCUACAAGAAAAGGAGAGAAGAUAAGUUUACAAAAGCGUCCACACAGUCGCCCCCUCCAGCCCAGGAGCGUGUUCCUUCUCCCAGUUUUGAGCUGGGACUGUCGAGUUUCCCUCCCCUGCCUGGUGCUGCUGGAAAUCUCAAACCUGAAGUGAAGACUGAGAGCAGCCUGGAGAACCGACUGUCUGACAUCGUCACUGGAGCGGCUAAAGACAAGCCUGUAAAUAAGGACACCAUGAGCAGCCGUGUGAGUUCAGGAACCCACAGAGAACCAACACAGACUGUUAAUCCUGUUCCUCAGCCUGCAGUGGAACAGCAGAACCCACUGUCUCCCACCUGCAAACUGAGCUCAGUGAAGUCACAGGAAGUAAAGCUGAAGGAGAUGAGCUCACCUGUAGAGGUACCUGCACUGUCCGAUCCUAAAAGUCCAACUCCAGUCCAGAUUACUCCAACUACAGAGCCCCGGAAGCCGAGUUACGCAGAGAUCUGUCAGAGGAUACGGGAGGCACCGACGCAGCAGCCACCAGUCGAGUCCAAACCCACCACCUCUUCUCCUCCUUCCACAGAAGAACCCGCCUCACUCGACUCUGCAGAACCCAAAUGCAGAGAACCCCGGCCCGUGUCUGCCAAACCUGCGCCUCACCGAGCCAGAGAGGCCUGGAAGUGUCAUCAGGGGGUCGGAGACACGGCGCCUCAGUCCUGAGAACCGAGCGGUGACUGAGGAGCGAACACUCGGCGGGUCGGGGCGCUCAGUACCGUCUCUUGGCUCGACCCGGCUGCACAUGCACAUAGUGAACACGGACACUGGAAUCAGGGCCUGCAGAUGACCGCACUCAUGGGUGCAUGAGGGUUCUCAUUUUUACCCCGUUUUCAUUUACCACAGGUUUAUUUUUCGUUUAUGAGAUGUGGGGUUGUGGGUUGUUGUAGGAGGACAGUGGGAUAAAUUUACCUGCACUGUCAGACAUGAAGCUUUUUUUUUUUGACAGAGGUCAGGGAUUUUUGUUGUUCAAGACUAAAGUAGUGCUGGUAGCAGCGAGUACAGACUGAAAUAGUGCUGAUCUGAAUUUUCAGUUCUUUGUUCUUCUUUUUUUUGCAUUGAUAUGUUUUUUAAAUCAGAAUGUAUAUAAUUUUGUAACCCCAGUGUACUGGCACUAACACACUGGUCUGAUUCUGUUUCUCUUUUCUACACCAGGCUGAACACUCGUAGCGGUGAGGCCGGCGUGAUUCAGUCUGAUUCGUGUUUAGUUUUUAUGUAAUGCGUUGCCACUGGAGAAGAGUUCUGAGCUCUGAUUUUUUUUUAAACCAGCACAAACAUGAUAAUCCUUUUUUUUUUUUUAAUCAUUUGUACUGAUGUGGUAAAGUAGCUGGUGUAACCGUUACCUUGUCCUGUGUGCAUGCCUUUUUUAUGUCUGAUUUAUUUUCCUUUUUCCAUCUACUUUCUUUCUUCUUUUUUUUAAAAACACUUUUAAUAGUUUCUCCCAUUCCUAGAGCGCUUUAGAAGUUUCUGAGCUCGUGUGUAAGAGACGUCUAUAACAACACGUCAUCACACUUUAUAAACAAAACAGUAAAAAAAAAAAAAAAAAAAAACAGGUUCUGACGUGACUGACACAACAUAUGUCUCCUAAACACUUUUCUGUGUGUGGUGAUGAUGCACUUCUCUUGUUUUGUCUAUUACAGUACAGCGUAUUUUACAGGUGUAUCGUGCAGGUGAGGUGCUCCACCUCGUCACUUCCUGUUUCGUCUCUCAGUAAGAGGAACCAUUGAGACUCAUCUCUGCAUAUUCAGAUUCUCAGAAGUUUGUUUGAGGUUGUGUGUAUAAAAUGUACAUUAUUCACUCCCUCAACCUGCUACAGUCACGGACCGUAUCUCACGUAUCUGUCACGUCUCUUCCUGAAGCUUCUCUCUCGUUUACUCGCUCGGUCACGUGUUCGGUUUGUUCUCAGAUCCUGAUGGAUAUUAUGUGCAUUUGUGUUUUUGGCAGAGAAGCCGGUCCCGUGUCGUUGUCUUCCUGCUGUGUGGAGCUCAUCACACUGCUCGGACAUCGUUAUUCUCCUAAACUGCAUUCUCCCAUUUAAUAUCUAAUGUUUUUUCUGCAAUCCAAUCAUCAUCAUCACAAACAGAUACAGGUCUGAUGAAGAACUUCAGUAUGGUCAGAAACAUCAUUAUAAUUUCACAUUGCUCCACAACUUGAUUUUUUUUUUUUAUUUUAAACUUGAAAUGUCUCUGCCUUAACUUUUUUAGAAGCAUGUUUGCAGUUAAUUUCAGAUAUAAAAUGCUGAUGUGGUUUAGGGAAGGUUCUCAGCCUGAGUUACUGUGUUUCUGUAGCACAACACUUAAGGUUAAAUUUGUUUUUUCCUCUUUCUCUCUCUUUUUUGUUUUCUUUUUUUUGUAAAAUGCUUCUGGUCAGAACUGUAAUGUGUGCACUUGGAAAUGUGUGCGUUCACUGUACAGAUGUAAAUAAUUGGGGAAAAAGUAAAAAAAUGGUACCAUAAAUUGGUUAAGAGCAAGAUGUAUUAAAAUAAAUGUGGAUGAGAAACUGGAUGCCUGAUGAGUGCUGAUGUUCUCCUGACCUGUACCUUCUCAAUCACUUUCACCACAAGGUGGUGCAGUUUAAGUUUCUAGACUGUAGCCAACAUUCAUGUUCUAAUAACUCUGUACAAAGAACUUGUACUAGACCUUUAUUCCAGUGUCUCAGCUUUCAGAGGGAGAGAAUGAUAUAGUUUGUUGUUAAAGUCUGAUUUUUAUCAUUCUAAAUAAAAACUUUGUUAAUAUAACGGUGAAGAUAAUUUAUGAUGUUAGAGUCCACAUUACACAGCAGUUAGUUCCGGUUCACUAAUCUGAUUGGACGCGUGGCAUUGUGAGAGCACUGGGGCGUGGUGCUGUGUGUAUCUCUCCUCUGUGUUCACUACAUAACAGUACAAUUCUAGCCAUAGCUCAUGACACUGAGACUGUUACUACAGGUGAUCAGGCAGUCUGUGUGUUACCAUGGCACAGUGCUCUAUCCAGCUGUAGCUUCUUUGGGAACUAUUUUUGUUGUCGGAGUAAAAAUACAAUUGGGCUGUAUUGUGUCGGAAAUGUCAGUUAAUCAAUAUAAUUUUUUUGUUUAUAGAACUGUUGUAAAAAAAUGACAUCACAGUUGCAGUCCUGCUGCUGUACUGAAUCCCACAUGGUGCAGACUAUAGAUCAUUGAGAUUACUGAGGAUGGUACCCCUUAAAAACCAUAAAGAUGCUUUGGACCUCGGUUCAUAUGAACAGUUAUGCUAUGAUGACUAUGACUACAAUUACCACAAACAGUUUUGCACUCAUGUCUCAGUUCAACAAAACAACAGACUUUCUGUAGAAACUGUAAUGAAUUUCCUGCUUACACAACUGCACUAUUUGAGCAUGUAGUAUUAUCACAUUUAUAGAAGGGGUGUAUUUAUUUAUAAUCGCACUAUCCGGUGUCACCCAGAUGAGGACGGGUUCCCUUCUGAGUCUGGUUCCUCUCGAGGUUUCUUCCUCAUAUCAUCUCAGGGAGUUUUUCCUCAGCACUGUCGCCUCUGGCUGCUCAUUAGAGAUAAAUUCAUACAUUUAACAUCUAUAUCCUGAAUUUAUAUAUUUCUGUAACGCUGCUCUGGGACAAUGUCCACUGUUAAACAUAACACUGUAUGUGUUAAAUGUACACAUAACACUGAACUGAACUUACCUUUCCAUGAAAAUACAAUAAUAACUCUAAAAACAGAAACAUUUUAAGAGUAUAUGUUGCUGUUCUAAGUUUUAUUAAUAUUUUGUGUAUAUAUACUUUAAACCUGUAUUUUUUUUUAUUAUACUGUGCAGCUGAUGAAGUCCUGUGUUGAGGUGGAAGUGUGUUUGGAUCGUUGUCUUGCUGCAUGAUGAAGUUCCUCCUGAUUAAUUUGGAUGCAUUUCUCUGUAAAUCUACAGACAGAAUGUUCCUGUAAACUUCUGAAUUCAUUCUGCUGCUACCAUCAUCAAUAAAGGUUAGUGAGAAUGUUCCAGAAUCAGCCAUGACACUACCUCCACCAUGUUUCACAGAUGAGCUUGUAUGUUCUGGAUCAUGAGCAGAUCCUUUCUUUCUCCACACUUUGGACUUUCCAUCACUUUGGUAGAGGUUCAUCUUGGUUCCAGAAUGUGUGUGGAUCAUCUCUGUAUUUCUUUGUGAAUUCCAAUCUGGAUUUCUGAUUCUUACUGCUGAUGAGUGGUCUUCAUCUUGUGGUAUGUCCUCUAUAUUUCUCCUCUCGAAGUCUUCUUCAAACAGUGGAUUGUGAGAUCUUCACCCGUGCUCUGUGGAGGUUGUUGGUGAUGUCACUGACUGGUGUUUUUGGGUUUUUCUUCACAGCUCUCACACUGUUUCUGUCAUCAGCAGCUGUUGUUGUUUUCCUUGGCCGACCCGUUCUUUGUCUGUUACUCAGUACACCAGUGGUUUCUUUCUUUUUCAGGACAUUCCAGAUUGUUGUAUUGGUUAUACCCAAUGUUUAUUUAAUGCCUCUGAUUGAUUUUCCCUUUUUUCUCAGCUUUAAAAUGGCUCAUUUCCCCCCAUAUAUAGCUCUCUGAUCUUCAUGUUGGUUUAUCCUUUUUUAACAACACAUGCAGUGUUCACAGGUGAAACUGAAGGCUAAUACCAAGAGUAGAUGUUCAGAGCUAUUUAUUGUUUAAACAAGCAAUCUAACAGGACACACCUGGGUAACAAGAAACACCUGUCAGUCACAUGGUCCAAUAUUUCUGACCACUUGAAAAAUGGGCGGACCCAAACAAAAGGUGCCAUUUUAUAAGUUAACACUAGCGAUCUAUCACUCAUUUUCAUCUAUUAAUCUCAAACCCAAAUGUUUUGAGUGUAACAAU